AUUUGAACAGAGAUCGGACUCUCUCUCUCUCCCUCUCUCUCUGGAUCUCUCUCUCUCCUCAUUGGAGCAAAGCUUUUACUUUUACGUUCUCCGUCUCCGUCUUCUUCGCCUGAAGCCCUUGCUCGACAUCGGAGUAUUGACUCCUCUUCGAACAAUUUCCGGGUCUAGGGCUUUUCCCCUCACUGAGAGCAGAGGCGAGGGGAGAAGGACUGGAUGGUACGUCUUGGGGCUUGAGAGUGUCGGUCCGGGGAGAUGGAGGGGAAGCGAGUCUGCGUCCGGCCUUGCAGCGGGCGGCGGGUGGUGGCGGCGAAGAAGAAGCCCCGGUGGUGGUGUAGCGGGCCGGAUGGGUUCGUCAACAGCGUGAGGAAGCUCCAGAGGCGCGAGAUCAGUUCGAAGCGUGACCGCGCCUUCUCCAUGACCGACGCCCAAGAACGCUUCCGUAACAUCCGGUUGCAGGAGGAAUACGACACCCAUGAUCCAAAAGGUCAUUGUUCCAUGGUCCUGUCUUUUCUGAGAAAGAGAUCGAAAAUUAUCGAGAUUGUAGCCGCACGGGACAUCGUCUUUGCCCUUGCACAGUCUGGUGUUUGUGCAGCAUUUAGCCGAGAGACUAAUCAAAGGAUUUGCUUUCUUAACAUCAGCCCUGAUGAAGUUAUAAGAAGCUUGUUUUAUAAUAAGAACAAUGACUCACUUAUCACAGUCUCAGUCUAUGCGUCGGACAACUUCAGCUGCUUGAAAUGCAGAACGACAAGGAUAGAAUAUAUAAGGAGAGGAAAACCAGAUGCAGGGUUUGCUCUUUUUGAAUCCGAGUCACUGAAGUGGCCUGGUUUUGUAGAGUUUGAUGAUGUAAAUGGAAAAGUGCUCACUUAUUCUGCACAGGACAGCAUAUACAAGGUGUUCGACCUCAAAAAUUAUACGAUGCUGUACUCCAUAUCAGAUAAAAAUGUCGAAGAAAUCAAGAUAAGCCCGGGCAUUAUGCUGUUGAUAUUUACAAAAGCUAGCAGCCAUGUUCCUCUUAAGAUUCUUUCUAUAGAGGAUGGCACAGUUCUCAAGUCAUUCAAUCAUCUACUUCAUCGAAAUAAGAAGGUGGAUUUUAUCGAACAGUUCAAUGAAAAGCUUCUUGUCAAGCAAGAAAACGAGAAUCUUCAAAUUCUUGAUGUUCGCAACUUUGAAUUAACAGAAGUCAGCAGAACUGAAUUCAUGACGCCGUCAGCGUUCAUAUUUCUUUACGAGAACCAGUUAUUCCUGACAUUCAGGAACCGAACCGUGGCUGUGUGGAACUUUCGUGGAGAGCUCGUGACUUCUUUCGAAGAUCACCUCUUGUGGCACCCCGAUUGCAACACUAACAACAUAUACAUCACGAGCGAUCAGGACCUCAUAAUUUCUUACUGCAAGGCUGAGUCUGAUGAUCCCUUAUCCGGAGGGAAUGCUGGGUCCAUCAAUGUCAGCAAUAUAUUGACUGGGAAAUGCCUCGCUAAGCUAAGUGCAAACAAUUGCUUACCCGUCAAAGAUGAGUUGAGCACUUCUACUGAUGAGUGCAAAAGCGGAAGCAGUUCGAGGAAGCGUGCCCGUCCCUCAGCCUCCAGAAUGAGGAGCGCUGUAGCGGAAGCUCUGGAAGAUAUCACCGCACUAUUCUACGACGAAGAGCGGAAUGAGAUCUAUACUGGCAACAUGCUCGGGUUAGUACAUGUGUGGUCUAAUUGAUGGUUUGGGUUUCUUCCCAUCUCUUGUUAAAUCUGUAGACUCAUUUUAGUUCUUUCUUACUGUGGUUGUUAGUGGUGAUGCCUAGUCCUAGAUAAGCAUUGAAGUGUGCUAUACCAUACCUUUCCUGUACCAAUUGAACCCUCCCAUCCUCGUGUGAAGCCGGCAUUCUUCGAAUCUGUACCGUGAUUCAGAGUUAAUGCAGUAAUUAUAGUGCUCAUUUUCUUUCCCUUGCUGC